GUCUUCGACUAAAGCUUUCUUUGAUGAAUCCUCGUCGUAAAGUGCACAUUAAAUCCACUCAACACAUAUAUACCAAUCAACAUAAUGCACCAAAGUGAUAAGUCCAUUUAUAGGGGAACUGAAAUUUAAAGAAAUACUCAAAAAUAUCGUGGUGUCGUUCUUGUUGCGCAAUUGUAUGCAAAUGUAAAAUAUGCACACUGAUCCAACGAUAUACAUAUGUACAUAUCAUACAUAUGUAUGUAUAUUAGAUUUGUGUAUGUUUUGUAGAGAAACCACUGAAUAUAAACAGAACAAGAAAAAAAAUAUAUGUAUGCAUGUAUGUACAUAUGUAUCGUCCUAUGGUUAACGUUCUAUGUAUUAUAGUGAGCGAUUAUUGCUGUCGCUUCGCAAAUUAAAGUCAAUUGAACAACUAACUCAUCUCUCCGACCUUUCUCGCUCCUUCUCUGCAAGAAACCUAACACUCUCCUCUACUAAGUCCACAACGACCAUAUUCACGAACUGGACGAAGGAGUACAGACUAGCCUUUGACAUUACAGUCAAUGAAGUUAAUGAGACCCGUAUGCUUCUGGUUAAGGAACGUAACGACUUUUUUCUGCUAGAGUGUUUCCGCAUAACGCAAGACACGCACUGACCGCCAUUCACUGUGGAGCCAUUAACACCUUAAAUUUGUAAUUUCAAUACAUUUCCAUACAUUUGUAUAUACAUACAUAUGUAUUUUUUCAUCAUUAUACGCAUGAUAAAUAAAUAUAUAAAGUAACGAUAUUUAUUGCGCUUAAAAGCGGUAGAGCUGGUCAUAUAAAUAUGUUAAUACUUUAACAGUAAUUAAUGAUCAUAUAGAUCGGAGCUCGAACGGAAUAUCUUUUUAUCGCCAUAACAAUGAGAGAUCUCAACUGCCUUUUUUAUCUGUUUACUAUCCCAAUCAUAUGUGGAGACGGAAAAGAGUGCACUUAUUCCCUUCCAAAAAAUAUCCAUAUCGAGCAAUCUUAACAUUGAAUCAAAACGACAAAAGUAGAAAUCAUUUCAGAUAUUUUCCGCUACGCAAUUUGGCACCGACCAAGAACAUGAAAUGGUCUAACUACAUGUUUCCAUACAAAAAUUUCAAUCAAUUAUUAAAAACCACGCCCAGAACAAGUUAUUUCUUGUUAUCUGAAGAGAAUAUGAGUGCUAAUUUUCAGAAUCGUGAGCAAUAUUUAAGUAGACCAAUUUUAUCUACGAUUUCAACACUUCAAAAUAAUUGUGUUCACACUCAUAAUUUGAAUAUACCUCAUGGAAAUAAAUUGGCCUUAUGCGUCGAAAAAAUGCCAACUAUUCCAACUACCGUAGAAAAAGUUUCAUUAACUAAAACCAAAUACAUUUCCAAUAUUUCACAAUUUGACACUACCACAAGUAAUCCAUAUAUACAAUAUUUUGGACAUAGCACAAGGAAUACGCUUAUAUAUAACUUUUUCCACGCUACUACGGUUCCGAAUAGCAAAAAUACGUCUCAUAUCUAUUUCACUAUCGGGGAUGCUAUAACAACACCCCGAACGCCCAGUUAUUCACAAUUGAAGUUAUUUAAAAAACAAAACCAUCAAAGUGAAAAUAAUGGAAGUCACCCUAUCAUAAAUUACAAAAUUCACCGAUCUAAUACCGCAACUCAAUAUAUAACUUCAAGUCCUACGUCACUUCCUGAAUUUUCAAAUAACGCUGUCAAAUAUUCUAUCAGCGAUAAUGAAACUAAAAAUCAAUCUAAAUAUGUAUAUGCAUAUGAGAAUUCGAGUGUUGAUACUACAAAAGAAAAUUGGGUUAUCGGUCAAUCAAUACACAACUGUUCAAAUGCAUUAUUAGAAACAAAUAAUCAUUGUGCAUCUGGAGAUAGACCGAACAUAAAAGAAUUUAUUUCGAAAAUGUCGCAACAGACUACGACAUACACUUUAGGAUCUUAUCCAAUUAAAACCACAGUGGUUUUAGGAACCAUUUCUACGCCUAUUACCGAAUUACCAUAUUUAGACAAUACUUCAACUACCGCUAUUUGGAAUGCUAUAGAGACAUCAAAGUAUUCCGGAGAGAAAACAUCAGUUCUUGAUAAAACAAGCAAUUAUCCUCCGUUAUAUAGAAGAGCUAAAUUUAUUCAAAAUAAUAAGAGAUUAGUUUUUAAAGAAAGUUUGAAAAAUAAAAAUCGAAAUAUAAAAACAACUUCUUUGCCGACACCCAUAAGACCUUUAAAACAGAAAAUCAGCGAAAAGGAGAAUUAUCCAUCUUCACAAACAAGCACGACUACACAAACCAAAGAACACGAACUAUUACAUGAUACUGUUGGCAGAAAGAUGAAAAAAGCAAAGAGUAAGUUUCAUGGCAGAAGCCGCUUUCGAUGGACUCCUUCGUUUGAGAAAAGCGCAGGUAAUGUAAAUAAUAGCAAAACGACUAGCUCAACAAUAGCAACGGUAUUUACUACAUCGACCCAAGUCUCACUUCUAAGAAAUAGAAAAACAAAUACAUUUAAUAGAUCAAAACUAAUCAGACACAAUAAAAGAACCAAUAUAGUACAAACGAAUACAACAAGGAGUGUUAUAAACCUUCACUUGCAGUCGACUACACCCUUAGCAAGUAGCACACCGGAGUCCGCUAUAAUGAGAAUAUCAAGCAUAAGUGGCGUAAAAAUGUUAUUUCCAAAAAAUAAUAUCACAAAUUCAAUAGGUAAUUUUCCCAAGGCAAGUAACGCAUUCAUUGCAGAGCUACCAAUAGUUACAUACUUUAAAGAAGUUACAGAAUCUCGUAAGGCAUAAAAAAUUACUGAUCAAAAUUACCAUUAGCAAUAAAAUUUUAUAUGUGUAUAAUUAAAUAAUAAAUUGUGAAAAGAAAAAA